UACCGCAUGUCUGUUAUUCCGUCGGUUAUUUCUGAGAAGUUGCCGUUACAAAAAUAUAAGAUGUGAGUCCAUCUGUGUGCUAGUACGACUAGUGCGCGUAGCGUGCGCGCAUUUUCUAGUGUUUUUGAAGUGUCCGAACGAAAAAUAACACUUUUCUAGCACUGAAUCAGCGCAUAUGGUCAUUCUGGAACAGACAGAUAAGAUGUUUCUAAAUCGAACGUAAUAUGAGAACGAAUUGAAAAACGAACGAAUCUGCAACAUGAACAUGGAGUCACCCCGCAAGAGUCCCAGGAAAAGUUAGUCGGUUUAAUGCUUCGUCCCAAGUCUGCUUCGCUUUCACCAAUGUUCUUAAACGGUCCUAACAGAAAUGUUAAAGCAUAUGUUAAACGCAAAUGGGGGGGUAGGAAACCGAGGCCCCCGGCAAGAUAACGCCUUGGAAUCAAGACUGGAUACAUCGGCCUACAGGUAUCGGUCUUCCAAUUUGAACAGCUCAAGGUCCGUGUCCCAACAGUAUCCCCUGAACGCAUCCCAGCUGCACGUCACCACCAACCUGGACACCUCCAAGCACUCGAUCCACAGCAUCGGGAACGGGAUGGCAUCUGCGCCUGCCCUGGACACGAAGACUAUGAAUGGAGGCUUGAACAUAUCGCGCACGCGCAGUCGCGGGGGUUCGAUGAACAAGUUUAUCGCGAAAAGUCGCGAAGUUGGUGUCAAAGAAAUGUUAGUAAGUUUGGGGUUAUUGUGUUUAGUCAGUUUAUUGCUCGCGUUGUUGUCUUUGAUAUUUUUGUUGAAAAUUUCGCCAGUGACCGCGAACGACAUAAGGGAGGUGUUGAGGGCUGAACAAUUGACUGUGAUAACUGCCGAGGAGUAUGUUGUGGUUUACGAAGUUACAUUAGCUUUGUGCGCGUUGACAUUGUCUCUAAAUCUGUGCUGCCUUCUCGUUUGCGCUAUUCAGUUCUUAUUCGCUGUUAAACUGGUCAAAGGGCCACAUGGAGGAAAUGACAGAACAAACAAAUAUCUUCAAAAGUCAUCCUUGAGUAGAGUUUGUGCUGUGGGAGGAUUUUUCAUUUCAAUACCAGUAUUUUUAACAGGAAUUAUAUUGUACACUUUCAUUCAAUUCCAUUCCACUCCUGCCAUAGUGACCAGCGUCUUCAUUGGAUUGGGAAUUGUUUUUUGCGGUUGUGCCAUGGUUCACAAUGUAUUUAUUUGGCAAAGAGAAAAAACUAACGCUGUGAAAGAACUAGCUCUGCAACAGGUUACUCAACACCAUGAACAACUAGCCCAACACAAUUCUUUCCACAACAUAACAUCUCCAUCGAGUACGACCCAGCUAAACCAACUUAAUCAGUCCCACAUAAGCAAUUACAACCACAGUCUGCACUUGUCGCCAAGUGUACAUGGAAAUGGUGCAAUAUUUAUAAGACCAUCUACGACAACCCCUCCAACUGCUGAAAAUUUGAACCUUUCCAAACAUUCUCACCUAAGAGAAGCUAGCGGAAGUGUCAGUCCAGGCAUGCCAAAUGUAACCAUGGAUCUUAGCAGUGUUGCCACCACCAAUUCGCCCCAUGAACUGUCCACAUUGGUUUGAUACUCUCUUGGUGGAGAUGAAAAAAAAGUCCAGCAUACUAUCUAGGCCUCGCGUGUGUUCCGAAACGUCGAAAAUCCAAAAUCACGAACAUAGGCUGAAAAUGAACUGAGCGCAUCAGGGUGAUGAGGAGUUUGAAUGUGUUCCUCACAGAAUUCAAAUAUUUGAUGAGAGGUCCUCCAAUUAUUCAACAUUCAUUUUGUAUAAUACAUCAUUUAUAUAUUUAAGUAGUCACUUUUUGAUUUAUAAAAAAAUAACUAUUCUUUGUAAAAAAACUGUACAUUCUCUCUCGUAUCCAGUCACUUUUCUUGUCACUAUCAGCUAUCGUAUUUUAUUGAAAUAUAUUUUAUUUGAAUUAUAUCUGAUGUGGCUAGGGGUUUGAUUAUAUAUUUCUAAUGAUAAUUUCUCAUUCAUUGUAACAAUGUAUUCCAAAAUUAAAAGCUAUUCAUAUUGUUCCUUAUAAAAACUCACGAUACGAUUAUUUUUGAAACAAAUGCCGCUCUUGCCUGAAUAAAAAGAUAUUUUUGGAAUACAUCUAUUUGAAACAAGUACAAAAUAGCACUCCUUCCAAAGGUGUGUGUCACAAACUAUAUAACUUUUGAGAAUAAAUUUUCAACUUUGUACCUAUAAGUUAAAACACCAUUUCUUGAAUAUAGACUCUGGUUUUGUAAAUAACGCAAAUAUAUCUGGAAACUGCCUGAAAAUGAAUAAAUAUAUUUUUAAUAAG